AAGUGCGUAGUAGGGUAAAUAGUACAAAUAUAGGCUGCUAAAAACGUUAAUUAUUGAGAAUAAAAAUAAAUACAAAAAGGUCAAAAUUUACCUCGUUGGUCAGGAUAAUUUGCGUUUUUUUUGCAAUGGAUGAAGAUAUUGAGUCUCCUGAACAAAAUUCUCUCCAGAGACAGAGGUUUAAAACCACAUCAGUCUGUGUUAAAAUGAAGUUUGAUGCUUUGGAAGAAACUAUGGUUACAGAUGAAAGAAAUUUUAUUGUUGUACAUGAGAUGUACCAGUGUAGCAAAUGCUAUAAAAUAUUCAACGAAGAAUCAGCAUUAACCGAUCAUGACUGCAUUCGUCUGAAAGAAUUUGGUUCAACUUCAAAUGUUUCUGCUGAUGUUCUAAAUUCCUGCAGACAGGGAAAAUAUGCUUAUGAUUGUGACCAGUGUGAGCUGAGUUUUACAAAAAAAGUUAUGUUGAGAAAGCACCGUAAUCAAGCACACAAAACUAAACGCAUUAAAGAGUUAGAAUGUGUACCGUGUAAUUUGAAAUUUGCAGAUAAAGAUAGCCUUCUUUUGCACAGAAAAAGUCACUAUGUAGAAAAAUGGUUCAAGUGUGAUCAAUGUGGCAAAAGAUUUGCGUACGAAAAAUUGCUGGACUGGCAUGUUCGCAGGCAGCAUCUGACCCCUAAGCGCAUUGAAAUCUAUCAAUGUGAAAUUUGUGAUAAAGUGAUGUCUAAUAGGAAUAAUUUAUCCAGGCAUCGAGCUCUGCACAAUCUACCGAAUUCUAAAAAAUUUACUUGUGAAAUAUGUAAUGCUUCUUUUCCUUUAAAAGCUUAUUUGCAAAGGCAUUCCUUGUCCCACAGCCAGGAAAGACCUUAUAUGUGUGAAAAAUGUGGUAAAACUUUUAAAGCUAAAUCUGGAUUGAGUAAACACUCACUAACUCAUGAACCUAAAGAUUUCCAAGGAGGAAAAUCAAGAAAAAGAAAAUAUUAUAAACCAUUACACAAGUAUGCAUGUGAUAAAUGUGGCAAACGUUUUACUUCUACGUAUUAUCUGAAAAUACACUAUUAUAUACAUACUGGUGAAAGACCUCACAAGUGUGAUGUUUGUUCUAAAGGAUUUCGCUAUAAAGAGCUUUUGAAGAAUCAUUUAUUUGUCCACUCUGAUGUAAGGUUUACUUGUGAGGUAUGUGAUAAGCAAUAUUCAAACAAAGGAGCUUAUCAAAAACAUAUAAAACUUCAUAAUGAAGCUGAAGCAAUUCCGUGUAAUUAUUGUGAUAUGCUGUUUUCUAGUAAAUCCGCCCUAAUCAGUCAUACUGUUGUUCACACUAAAGAAAAGCCAUAUGAAUGUGAAUUGUGCCAUAGGAGAUAUUCUCAGAAAGGAUCUCUCAAUAAGCAUCCUUGUAGCCGGGCAGCAGCGAAAUCUACAGCUGAGAUAUUGCUAAAUUUAAUUUCGAGAAAUGAUAAUUUAUGAAUUGUUUUGAAUGAGAGAAUAUUUCAUUAAGGAGGUGUAUACACUAAAUUGACAAAUGAUAAUUCACGAAUUGUUUUGAAUGAGGGAAUAUUUCAUCUAGGAGGUGUAUACACUAAAUCUACAGCUGAGAUAUUGCUAUUAAUUUCGACAAAUGAUAAUUUAUGAAUUGUUUUGAAUGAGGGAAUAUUUCAUUAAGGAGGUGUAUACACUAAAUCGACAAAUGAUAAUUCAUGAAUUGUUUUUAAUGAGGGAAUAUUUCAUCUAGGAGGUGUAUACACUAAAUCUACAGCUGAGAUAUUGCUAUUAAUUUCGACAAAUGAUAAUUCAUGAAUUGUUUUGAAUGAGGGAAUAUUUCAUGAAGGAAGUGUAUACACUAAACCAUUUGUUUUUUUUGGGGGGGGGCAGCAAAACCCUAAAGGACCGACCCUUUUUCGGAAACCCUACUUUAUAAAUAGCUUUUAUUGCCAAUUGUGAACACAUUAACCAAAGAAAAAUUACUAAUUAUUUUGAGAUAAUUAGAAACAAUUUUUUUUAUCAACUUUCAUUUUAGUUUUUAUGGCAGACAAUUGAAUUCUCAGUUCUGAAGGAGCAAUUGAUUUGUUUUAUUUCUUUAAGCUUAAAAUAAAUGAGCGGAAUAAAGAUUUUUGUUGAAAAAAAAAAACCUCUUAUAAACAUUGAGAUAGAGAUGGCUUUUUUCUUUGUAUUUAUAUUGGCUUUUUAUUUUUUAUAAAUGUGUUUUCUCUUCCUAAUUUAUUCAAUAUAGUGUUAAAAUUUUUAUUUUAUUAUAAAUUUUGCUGUCUUUUUUCACUAGGUCAAAUCAAUCACAAAAAUAAUUUAAGUGUGUAUUAAAUAAAUAAUUGGUUAAAUUAGAUAUUAACAUAACUGCUUCCAAAACUAAUUACCUGUUAAGAAAAAAACCUUAACUCUCGAAACCAUAGUGCACUGUGGAACACGUUUUCGGAAUUGCAACUCUAAAGAAUUCUACUUUUUUAAGUUUUAUUAAAAUAAAAGUGUUUCUCUUUCACCGUUUAGUACAUCAAGUGUGGGAGAUCAUUAAUUUUUAUUAUAUUACCUUCAAUUUUUUAUCAGUGUAAUUUGAAUCUUUAUUUUGAAAAAAAAAAGAACAAAAAAUUAAUAUUAUGCACAGGGGUUUUUAGUUGCAAUCAUAUUUUAGGAAAUCAGAAAGAGAUAAUCGAUUAUCUCAGAGGUAAAAAGUAAUAACCACUUCGUUUCAAAAUUUUACCACCUUCUGUUAAGUAAUUACAUCCAACGAUAACUUUUAUUCUUUUCUAAAAGUAUGGAUGUUUGUCGAAAGAAGGCUUCUUUGUCAUUAAAUGCCAUCUCUGCUGCAACAAGAAAAUCUGUCCAAACUACAAAAAUGUUGGCUAUAAAUUUUUAAUGCAAAGGUCUUAAAUUAAUUUAAAAGUCCUGCGUAUUUUAUUUUAAAUACUGAUAGAUAGUCAAACAAUUGAAGAAAAACUUAACAAUUUUGCUUCUCAUUGUGGAAAAAGAUAAUUUUGUUCAUCGUAGUUUGUGUUUAUCCAUAUAACUUAGAAAAAUGUGUUCAUAAUGAGAAGAAAAAUGCUGCUCAAGAUUCAACGUGGAAAAAAUGUAGAUUGCAGUUUAGACUUUUGUAAGGAAAGUUUUACAGUAUCUGAAUUUGUUUUGUUUCUCUCUGUUUCAAAAACUGUAUUUAUUCCAGAAUUAAAAAUAUAAUUCUAAUUCAUAUUAUAAUAUGAAUUAAAACUCUGUUCGCUUUUUCCUGAUUUUUUUAAAAUUUUAUUUUUAUUUUUUCUAAGCUUGUAUUCAACAUAGUUAUCUUUGUAAAAUUGAUUCAGUAAAAAACCAUGUGCAAUUUGUCUUAAAUUUAUUUUAGAAUUGAAAUAUGUAAAAUAAUGAUUGCUAGAAAUUUCCCUGCACAUUAAUGAAUGUUGUUAGAGUCAUAAUUACUACUUGUUUUUGUAUAGUUUAGCUCAUAUUUUAUUUUUUAAAAACUAAAAUUAUAUUUUUUGUAAAAAAAAUUAGUCCUUUCUUUGAUUGUUUCUUAUUUUGCAUGCAAGUGAGAGGGGGAUUAAGAUGGGUUGAAUAUUUUUAUUUAUCAAUCGAAAUUUCUCUAUAAAUUUUGUUUAAACUGUGUUAGAAUUUAAUAUGCAUUUGUGUGUCAACAAACAAUUUUUAAGUAUUAAAUUAAAAAUUGUCCGAGUAAAUUCUUAUUUUUCUUUUUAAUUAUCACUUAAUUUUUAUUGUUUCUAAUACCAAGGUAUAUAAAUAUGCCUUUAUAGAAGAAGUGGCUUAUAAUGAGUUCUCUUUUAACAAGAAUCCAAACAUUUGAUUAAAUUGUUACUUUUUUUGUGUUUGCAUAAUGUUGUCUAUUUUUGCCUUUUGACAUGAAUUUAUUUGGUGGUAUAAUGAACAAUAAAUUGAUUCGUUAAA